AUAUACGCUUGUAUGUACUUUACACAACCCUGCCUGAACAGCAUCCACCGCUCCCCCCUACAUGACUCCAAUUGCACCGCCCGUACUCUGUCGAAGAGUGUCGCUCUAACUGCAUCGAUGCAACACUGUGCGCGUUUUGCCCAGCCACACCUUGCUCGUUUUGCCUCGCUACACCUUGAUCGUUUUGCCUAGCUACACCUUGAUCGUUUUGCCUAGCUACACCUUGAUCGUUUUGCCUAGCUACACCUUGAUCGUUUUGCCUAGCUACACUCAGCUCCUUUUGCCUAGCUACACUCAGCUCCUUUUGCCUAGUCACACCCUGCUCGUUUUGCCUAGCCACACCUAGCCCCUUUUGACUAGCCACCCCUUGUACACCCCGCCGCUUACACAAAAUGAAGUGCUUCGUCAUUGUAGAUGCCCAAAACGACUUCCUCCCCAAGGGGUCGUUCAACUCCCGAGACGAUUACAUGGACGCGCUCAACAAAAUCAACGCCAUAAGACUAAGGCUGCACAACUGCUCGGAAAGGGACCUAAUCAAAUUAAGCAGCUGCAAACACAUGAUGCAGUACCAACCGGAUAAGUUGCUAAAGGAGAACAUUGUCCCGUACCACCAGUGUAGCAAUGAUAUUGAUGAUGCCCAGAGGGAGGGGGACAUUCUUCUCUUUCCCUGGGACGAUCGGAUGGCGCCCACUUGCCCCAACGGGAUGAGCACCCUAAACGGCUGCAACGGCGUCAACGGCUUGCAGGGGCAACCUGCACAGGGCACGGUGAACGGCAUGCCCAAUGGCCACCACAGCGGUUUUUCGCACACUGGGGAGGCAAACAGCGUAGCACUACUAAACGGAACCAGAGAGAGCGCCAACGGACCAACUUCAGAUUUUGCUCUGAACAUAUUAUCUGUGGACUACCACCCGCAGUACCACAUCUCCUUUGCAGAGACGCACAGAAUUGUUUUCAAGCAGAUAAGCAAAAAUGGAGGCCUCAAACAGAGCAGCGUGAGGAUGAAUGGCCGUGCGCUAACCGAAGUACCUCCCCACGCCCACGUCAAUGGGUUAGCCGCGUUAGGAGAAGCCGAAGAAAUGCGCGCUGAUGAGGAGGAACAGGACGAGGAAAGGGCGCUCGACGAAGAGCAUGAAGACGAAUGUCCGCGUGAGGAAUGUCCGCGUGACGACCCUGAUGGAGAGGCCGCGCACUCGCAACAGGCUGCCUUCCUAAAAAAACAUAAAAUUUUUACCCUAACCGAUGUGAUGCAGAACAUGGCAAAAAUCAAGUCGACCAGGCACAUCUACAGAAAUGUGAACUCCCCUAGCGAUAUAAAGGAGUACACCAAGCUGCACUUCCUAAACGAAUCGAUAGACGUGUGGCCAGUCCACUGCGUGCGGAACACCCCGGGAAGCAAAAUACACCCAACUCUUAUAAGACACCUAAACGAUAUUGUAAUUAAGAAGGCGGACACAGAGAACCACGACAGCCACACCUUUUUCGAAAACGAGGAAAUCAACGAGAAGAUUUUAAAACUGCUGAAAGGAUUGAACAUCAAAUCUGUUUACAUUUGCGGAUUCAUUUUCGAGUACUGUGUGAAGGAGACUGCCCUGUCCUUUUUGAAUUUGGGGUUCGACACCUACAUUGUGGAGGACGCAACGGCGUACCUGUUCGGCCGGGAGGAGGAUAAGGACAGCUUGAAGAGGAAGGGCAUCAAGUUUGUGAACUCCUCCACCAUGUUCGUUUGA